GAAGUUGAAGAUUCAUGGCUGAUUUUGAUUUCCAUUCAUAUCCCAUUUGCAUGGAUCUAAAUUGCUCCGAUCAGAUCGCUGGCCGAUCGUUAUAUUUCACAACAAUCGAGGUAUACUUUCAGGCUAAUCUCUUUCCAUUACAACAAUAACAAUGAAAAGUUUCGUCCAAAAAACCUCUUGCGAAUUUCUUUGAGCACACGGUUUAGCUUGAAACUCACAUGGUUUCAUUUCACCAUUCUAGAAAGGACCCAACGUUUUUCUUCAUGAUUCAUCACAAAAAUCUAUGGUCUGUCUGGAUUCUAUAUGAAUGGACUUGAGAUCUCUUCUAUUUUGCACACAAAAGUUGUUCAAAGCCAAUGGCUUGCAAGUUCUUGUUCCCUCCUUUACUAGCUUCGUUUCUUAUACUCUUAACCCUUUUCACCUCUUCAUUUGCUUCAGAUGAUUCUCUCACUAAUUUCUUCCCUACCAAAGCCAUUUGCAAAUUGACCUCAAAUCCUUCUUACUGCAUCACUGUGCUUAAACAAUCCAGAGAUGGUAAUAUCUACGACUCUGGCCGGUUCUCGAUUCGUCGUUCUUUAUCUAAAGCCACUAGAUUCCUUGACUUGAUUGAGAAGCAUCUUCAGAACUCUUCAACUCUACCAAAUUCAAUCAUCGGAGCUCUUAAAGAUUGUCAGUACCUUGCUCAACUGAAUAUGAAUUUCUUGUCUAAUUCGUUUCGGGCUGUUAAUGGCACUGAUAGAAAGCUAACUUACUCAAAAGCUGAUUAUAUCCAAAGUCUUCUUAGUGCCAUCUUAACCAACAUUGAUACUUGUCUUGAUGGUCUAAACACUGUAGCCUCAGGUUCUAGUUUGGAGAAAGAUCUAUUAGCCCCACUUAUUGAUUGUACCAAAUCAUACAGCCUUUCACUUGAUCUUUUUACCAAGGGUUGGGUGCCUAGGAGGAAUAGAAACAGAACACUUGAGCACCCUGGGAAAAAACACCUGCAGUUUAGGAAAGGACCGUUGCCGUUGAGAAUGUCGAGACACGACCGUGCUGUUUACAACUCGGUGGCAAAUCGGAGAAAGCUUUCGUCUUCUUCAGAUGAUGGAGUGUUGGUUAAUGGUGUUGUAGUUGUGAGUCAAGAUGGUCAAGGAGACUUCCUUAACAUAACGGAUGCUAUUAAUGCAGCUCCAAACAACUCUCUUGCUUCUGAUGGCUACUUCUUGAUUUACAUUACGGCUGGUGUUUAUCAAGAGUAUGUGUCUGUUCCUUCAAAGAAAAAGUACUUGUUGAUGAUUGGAGAUGGUAUAAAUCAAACUAUUAUCACAGGCAACCGGAGUGUCGCUGACGGAUGGACGACUUUCAACAGUGCAACCUUCGCUGUAGCAGCAGAAGGAUUCAUGGCAGUAAACAUAACCAUCCAAAACACAGCUGGAGCAAUCAAAGGCCAAGCAGUUGCAUUAAGAAGUGGAGCUGAUAUGUGUGUUUUUUACUCCUGCAGUUUUGAAGGCUUUCAAGACACCUUAUACACUCAUUCCCUCAGGCAAUUCUUUAGAGAAUGUGACAUUUACGGCACUGUUGACUUCAUUUUUGGAAAUGCUGCUGUUGUCUUCCAAAACUGUAACAUAUAUCCCCGUCUCCCCCGUCCCGGUCAGGCCAACAUGAUCACCGCCCAAGGCCGAUCCGAUCCUAACCAAAACACCGGGACUUCGAUCCACAACUGCACCAUCCGAGCCACCCCCGAGUUGGCUGCAAGUAGUAGCUAUAUGAACAAGACAUAUUUGGGAAGGCCAUGGAAACAAUACUCAAGAACAGUGUAUAUGCAAACAUUUAUUGAUGGAUUUGUAAAUCCUAAAGGUUGGGAUCCAUGGACAGGAGAAUAUUUGAGCACAUUAUAUUAUGGAGAGUAUAAUAAUACAGGAGGUGGAUCAGAUACAAAGAACAGAGUUACUUGGGCAGGUUAUCAUGUGAUUAAUAAUGUAACCGAUGCUGCUAAUUUUACAAUUUCAAACUUCUUGGUUGGGGAUGCGUGGUUGCCUCCAACUUGGGUGCCUUACAUGGGAGGAUUCGUAUAAGUGGUCAAUAUCUAUCAUAAUCUAGAAGUUAAAGGUAUGAUCUUCCAUCACACAAUUGUCCAGAAAAAAAUUAAAAUAUUGUAUUUUUAGUUGAACUAAGGCUAUUUUUUUUUUUCGUUUGCAAGUUAAUAAUAUGAUUGAGGGUAAAUAUAUAUUUAUUUACUCCCUCAUGUUUCAAUUA